UAAAGGUUACGUUUAUGACAAAUCCGUUUUCAUAUUUUGAGAAGCGACAGAUUGCCAGGCAGUCACCAGGAUGUUACUUGUGUUUGGAGCGCUGCUGCUGGUUUUCCUGGCUGGGGCCGAUGCGCGCUGCAAGACGGACUUUGAAUGUCUGCCGCUGACGCUGUGUAUACGAGGCAGUGCUCCGGCCUGUGACGAGGGAAGAUGUAUUUGUAUGAAGGCAGAAGCUAAGAAGUCUCUGACUCAUGAGACUAAACGGCAAAGAACUUGUCACAGAGAUUUCGAGUGUCAGUCACAGAACACCUGUUUCGUUGGUGACUCCCUGUGUCAGGGUGGACAGUGUGUGUGUGUCGGCCUUGGCAAGAGGGACGUCUCCAAAGAGGGAACGGCUGAAUGUGAGAUGAACAUGCAGUGCUUGGUCAGAAUGAUGUGUAUGUUUGGUGGAGCGUACUGUGAUAGGGGGACAUGUCAGUGUCCAUCAUCCCCAAGACCUGCCCGUGCGAUGUGCAAUAGCGACUUCCAGUGUGGCUUGAUGGAGUGUUUUGUCGGUUCAGCUCAUUGUACGAGUGGGGUGUGCCGAUGUUUAGCCGGUAAACGAGAACUGGAGAAGGCACCACGGGCUAUGUGUCAUGCUGACUGGCAGUGCUCAAGCCUGAUGCUGUGUUUUGUCGGCACCGCGUCUUGCGCUGAUGGCGUCUGUCGAUGCCCCUGACAGGAUGACAUAAAUGGGUCAGUUAUACAGGUUGAGCGAAAUUUUGAACUUUGACAAAUCGACGUAUGAUGUAUUGGGAUUGUUACGGACGUGCUCGGGAUGCUUUUUCCUAACUCCCCACUCCGUUGGUCUUGGUGCCCUGGCUUCCAUGUAUUGUGCACAAUGACCAAUAAAUAAUUUAGCUCAAACUAUGAACAGUUUAUUUGGAAUUAGAA